GGCGGCCCUUUGUUCGAGGCGGGAUAAUUGAGUGUCUGUGGGAGAGAGAGAAAAUGCGCGAUGGUGGAUGGAUCGUCGCGGUCCACUGGACGCGAGGAUUCUUGGAGCUCCGCCAAUCGCAGAGAUCCACCCCAGCGCACUCCAUCGAUCCAGGGUUUGAUCGGCUGAAGUGACACGCGAAGAGAGAGAUUUCUUCCUUGUCUCCCAGAAUCUAGCGCUCUAGCGCGUGCUCUUGGCGCCUCGAUCGCCGAAUCGCGUCGCGUGGGGGCUGGAAUCGCGAUAUUAUGCAGCGGCAGGAGCCGAGCUUCGCGGAGAAGCGUGGAUUUCCAGGCGCUGGAGCUGGAGGAGAGGUGUUCGUGGCUGAUCGUGGCGGCGGCGGCGGGGCAAUGGUGGGGAGGAAGAAGCAGCGCGGGCCGUCGCAGCCGCAGGUAGCGCCCGUGUGCCAGGUCGAGGGAUGCGGCACCGAUUUGCGGGGAUCCAAGGGCUACCACCGGCGGCAUCGCGUGUGCGAGGUCCACUCCAAGACGCCCAAGAGCGUGGUGGACGGGAUCGAGAAGCGGUUCUGCCAGCAGUGUAGCCGGUUUCAUGUCCUCGAGGAGUUUGACGAUGGCAAGAGGAGCUGCCGGAAGAGGCUGGCGGGGCACAACGAGCGGCGGAGGAAGCCCACGCAGAUCAUCGAGUCGGGGCUGGCGAUCGUUUCUUCCGGGAAGCUGGGCAUCUUUCCAGGGGAUUACAAGCCCACUGUCCAGAUCCAACACGACCACCACCACCAGCGCCACGUCCUGGAUGGAUCGUUCCUGAGCAGCUGGCCGGAUCAACACCAGCAGCAGCACCACCACCACCAGGACUCCAAGAUCCUAUCGCCCUCUUCGUCCUCGUCCCAGAUCUACCAGGCCCUCCACGGCGCCAGCCUCUACGACAUCACCCAGCAGCACCAGCAGCUCAUCCAGUUCCUCAAGAGCUCCUCCUCUUGCUCCCCGUCCUCCUCCACCUCUUCCUCCUUCCUCCUCCCUCCCCUCCCCCCUCCUCCACCGCUUUGCAACAGCAACACAUCUUCGCAAGGCGGUGCUCUCUCUCUUCUGUCAGCCGGGCAGAGAUCAUCGAGCGCGGCAUCAUCUUCAUCUCUGCCAGUAGUGGCUUCUUCUUCGUCUCCUGGAUUUGGAAUCACCGCCACCACCACCACCACCAAUGGUAACACCAGCAGCAGCAGCAGCAGCAGCAGCAGCGAUCACUACACCAGGCGCGCAUCGCCCAGCUUCGAUUCGCUGCUCCAGAUCCCGCCCCACUUCUUCGUACAGGGGGCGUCCACUUCGCAGGGAUUGGACAUGCUGGUCCACUCUAGAUCGCAACUCUAGAUCCAAGGUCCGACCAACAAGAACUUUGGAACCAUGGGUGGAUCAGUUCAAGCCAGAUGGGCAUAGAUUUAUGAUGCCAUCUUUUCGGCAGCGAUUGCCUGUUGCGUUAGUACGCAGCAACGCAAAGCGCUGCAUUCCUUGUGAUUUAUUGGAGGGAUUGCAAUGUGUACAUGCUGUACUUGCUUCA